UAGAGUAAUUGAAGAGUGGAGCAUGGAGGAAGAAGAAGAUCAAAUAACAUUUCCAAAUUUUGACGAGAUUGGCACGUCAGUUUUGAGUCUCAGUUUUUUGGUAACUAAACAAUCGUAGCAGUGACACGUAACAUCAUCAUCAUCAUCAUAAUCUAAACAAACUCUCCACUUCAAACUCGAACGCAAUUUGUUUCUUACAAAUACAGUCUCUCUUUCUCUUAUCGUCAGCAAUUGAAAUCAUGUACAAGUUUCUUUCAAUCUCCAGCAAAUCCAACUCUUUUAUUAGGCGUCACCAGACACUCAGCUCUCUUUUAAAUCCAUCUAACUAUUUUAAAAACCAAUCAGGUUCCAAGAUUUCAUCUGGAACUCCAAAUGGGUACUCAUAUUAUCACCCAUUUAAUCAAAUUUUUUGUUUUUCAUGGUCCCAAGGUGGUUUUAAGAGGUUUUUCUCAUCUGGGUAUGUGCCAAAUGGGUCAAAUUUAAGGAGGCUUGACGGGCGUGGAAGUGGGGUUGUGAAUGGGAGGCUUUUUGUGAGAGGGUUUUGUAGUGAAAAUAGUAGGGAGGCUAUGGAGUAUGAUGUUGUGAUUGUUGGGGCUGGACCUGCUGGGUUGGCUGCAGCUAUAAGGUUGAAGCAGCUUUGCCGGGACAAGGAUGUUGAUUUUUCGGUUUGUGUUGUUGAGAAAGGUGCAGAAGUAGGUGCUCACAUCAUAUCUGGGAAUGUUUUUGAACCCCGGGCAUUGAAUGAACUUCUCCCGAAUUGGAAACAGGAAGAGGCACCAAUCAGUGUCCCAGUUUCUUCUGACAAGUUUUGGUUCCUAACAAAAGACCGUGCAUUUUCCCUUCCAUCUCCUUUCAAUAACAAAGAAAACUAUGUUAUAAGCUUAAGUCAGUUAACGCGUUGGAUGGGAGUGAAAGCUGAAGAAUUAGGCGUAGAGAUAUAUCCAGGCUUUGCUGCCAGUGAGAUCCUGUACGAUGCAAACAACAAUGUUAUCGGCAUUGCAACUAAUGAUAUGGGAAUUGCCAAAGAUGGUUACAAAAAGGAUACUUUUCAGUGUGGUGUAGAAUUAAGAGGUCGGAUAACACUUCUAGCUGAAGGAUGUCGAGGAUCGUUAUCUGAGAAAAUAAUUAAAAAUUACAAACUGAGAGAGAAGAGCCAUGCGCAACAUCAGACUUAUGCUUUGGGAAUUAAAGAGGUUUGGGAGAUUGAUGAGAGCAAGCACAAACCUGGUACGGUUAUUCACACAUUGGGUUGGCCCUUGGAUCACAAGACAUAUGGGGGAUCGUUUCUGUACCACAUGAAUGAUAGACAGAUUGCACUUGGCCUAGUGGUUGCUUUGAAUUAUCACAAUCCAUUCUUGAGUCCUUAUCACGAAUUUCAGAAACUUAAACACCAUUCAGCCAUUAAACAGCUUCUGGAAGGUGGGACUGUGAUUCAAUACGGAGCUUGCACUUUAAAUGAAGGCGGCUUUCAGUCUAUUCCAUAUCCAGUUUUCCCUGGAGGAGCAAUUAUUGGAUGUUCAGCCGGCUUUUUAAAUGUACCAAAAAUAAAGGGAACUCAUACUGCAAUGAAAUCAGGAAUGCUAGCAGCAGAAGCUGCAUUUGGUGCAGUUCAUGAAGGCUUGAAUAUGGAAACCUAUUGGGAUAAUUUAAAGAAUUCAUGGGUGUGGGAAGAACUCCGCAGAGCUCGAAACUACCGACCUGCAUUCGAGUAUGGUCUUUUUCCUGGUUUGGCAAUCAGUGCUUUAGAACACUAUAUACUAAGAGGAAGGUCCCCCUUCACGCUGAAACAUGGGAAGCCUGACCAUGAAGCAACAGAUGUUGCUCGGCUACACUUACCUCUUCAAUAUCCAAAGCCUGAUGGUGUGUUAUCUUUUGAUGUACCAACCUCUCUGCACAGGAGCAACACAAAUCAUGAACAUGAUCAGCCAGCUCAUCUUCGCUUAAGGGACCCAAAGAUACCAGAACUUGUGAAUUUGCCGGAGUAUGCUGCACCUGAGUCACAAUAUUGUCCUGCACGUGUAUACGAGUAUGUCCCAAACAAUGAGAAUCAGCUAAAGUUGCAGGUCAAUGCUCAAAACUGCCUGCAUUGCAAGCUUGAAUGAUGUUCAGGCUUGUGACAUCAAGGACCCAAAGCAAAAUAUAGAAUGGACGGUGCCAGAGGGAGGUGGUGGUCCAGGCUACUCAGUCAUGUAAAUAUAUAUAGCAACUGCCUGCCUAUUUCAUUGUGAAGGCAAAUGAAAAAAGAGUUUGUAUUUACAAUAAGAGCUUUUGACUUUCACAGAAAUAAGAAGUCAAUCUCAGUGCUUACAUGUAAAGAUCUCAUUGGCAUUGCAGCACUAAUAAAAUUAGUAAAAUCU